AUGAGACUGAACCCAUCGAAAUGUGCUUUCGGGGUCCAAUCAGGGAAAUUCUUAGGCUUCAUUGUAUCGGAGAGAGGAAUUGAAGCUUCUCCAGAUAAGAUAGAAGCCAUAACCAAUAUGAAGCUGCCAAAAAAUCUAAACGAGACUCAACAACUGGCGGGGAGAGUGGUAGCCCUGGAAGCAACCAGAAAAGGGAGACAUGCUCUACAUGUAUCUAGCGGUCUCCCCGCAUGCUGUAUCCGCCAUCCUUAUAAAGGAGAAGAAGCCGUGCAACAUUUGGUGUAUUACGUGAGUCGAGCACUCAGAGGAGCAGAGGCAAGAUACCCUCGAAUUGAGUUGUUGGCAUUUGCCUUGAUAGUGGCAGCUAGGAAACUCCGUCCUUAUUUUCAGGCCCACGUAGUGAAGGUACUGACAGAGGCUCCAUUGGUGAAAAUACUGAGGAAGCUAGAUUGUACAGGGAGGCUGAUAGGUUGGUCAAUUGAGCUGAGUGAGUUCGAUAUAGAGUACGAGCCAAGGAAAGCCAUUAAAGGUCAAGCAAUGGCAGAUUUUUUAGCAGAAUUCUCAGACUUUCCCCAAGAACAGGUAAUAACGCCAUCAGGGAAGCCGUGGAUAUUGUUCAUAGACGGGUCGUCCUACCGGCUAGGCGGAGGCCUGGGGAUACAUUUGCUGAGCCCUGAUGGCCAGAAAUGGUAUUACAUGGUCACACUGGCAUUUAAGAUAAUGAACAAUGAAGCUGAGUAUGAAGCACUGAUAGCGGGGUUAUCUGUAGCCGCCCAAAUCGGGGCAACUGAAGUAGAAGCCAGGUUGGAUUCACAAGUGGUAGUAAAUCAGGUUUUGGGCCUGUACGCUACUAAGGGCGAAAAGUUAAGGAAAUACUUGGGACGAGUUUGGGAGAUACGCGAUCUUUUCUCAUACUUCGCUAUAACUCAGAUACCAAGGGCGGACAACGAAGUCGCAGACAGAAUGGCACGGGCAGCAUCAGGAGGGGAGGAGGUACCCCUACCAUGGCCAGUCGAGAGAAGGGUCAUCGAGGUCCCAGCUGUGGGCAUUGAGGUAGGAGUCCUGGGGUCAGGCACCCCAGAUUGGGCGAACAGUAUAGUGGACUACUUGGAUGAAGGAAGAUUGCCGGAAGCAAAAGAAGAGAUGAGAAAGAUAAAGAAAAGGGCGGCAAGAUUCCUACUCAUCGACGGAAUCCUUUAUAAAAGAGGCUUCUCUGUCCCUUUACUACAAUGCAUCUCCACACAAGAAGCACAACAUGUCUUAGCCGAGAUACACGAGGGGAUAUUUGAAAAUCACAGUGGGGGAAGAACCUUGGCCAGGAAAGCGAUCGGCCAGGAUACUACUGGCCCAAUGAUCUGA